AUGAGGACUUCCGAGAUUUUUAGUGGGCCAUUGUGUAGAGUAAGAAGGAGGGACGUAACAGAUAUCCUCAUCACUGUCUAUAGAAUUUUCCUUGUUUUAAACACAUUGACAGCGUUGACAUAUUCCCGGCAUUCGUGGGAAAGACCCGGCUGUUAUAAAGUAGCUAACGACAGAACAGUGCAGAUACCGGACUGUCUACAGUUUAACGUAACUACAAACGCUUGUAGAGGCUAUUGUGUAUCUUACGCCAUUCCGUCCUCGCCGAGGACCCGACUAAUAAAUCCUAGCCAUAUCAUCACCUCUCGCUCGGAGUGCUGCAGUAUAGAAGAAACCUAUGAUAUAACAGUACACGUACGUUGUAUCGAAGGAAUUAGAGAAGUGGUGUUUAAAUCAGCAAAAAAAUGUGCCUGUUCAAUAUGCCGACGAGGAUGA